GAUACUUGCAUGCACAUUUUUUUGCAAAACAGGACUGUGCAAUAACCUAUAGGCUAACGAUGCUUGUUUGUAAACCUUCGCAUUAAGUUUUCGACAAAUCAGAAUAACGCUUGGAUUUUAUUGCAAGUUUGGAUGUGAAGGCGAAAGCGGAAUACAAUGGCAAGCGAUCUGAAGCCUCGGUUGUGUGUGAUGAAGAAAGGAGAGAACGGCUACGGGUUUCAUCUGCACGGAGAGAAAGGAAAAACCGGACAGUACAUACGGAAAGUGGAGCGCGCGUCCCCGGCGGAGGCGUCGGGACUGCGCGCGGGUGACCGUGUGGUGGAGGUGAACGGCGAGAACGUGGAGCGAGAGACACACCAUCAGGUGGUGCAGCGGAUCAAAGCCGUGGAACAUGAGACCAGACUGCUGGUGGUUGACCGAGAGACUGAUGAGUACUUUCGCAGCCUGCGUCUCACCUGCACGGAGGAAAUGGCCAUCCGGAUGAGCCCUGGAGCCACGAGCCCUUCACCUUCACCGUCCACCAGUAAACAGGGCAAUGGCUCGGUGUCCAAACGACCUGAGAUCUCCAAACCCAUCAGGAAACCUCCGUCACGAGCUUUUAAAAAGGAGGUUCAGCCCUCAUCGGAGUCCUCGACCCAGGACCCGUCUGAGCUUCUGCCGAGGCUGUGUCACCUGGUGCGGUCCGAGACGGGUUACGGCUUUAAUCUCCACAGCGAGAGGUCCAGACCGGGUCAGUACAUUCGAGCUCUGGACCCUGGCUCGCCCGCUGACCGCGCAGGACUCAAACCUCAGGACAGACUCAUAGAGGUAAAUGGCGUGAACAUUGAACGCAUGAGACACGCUGAAGUUGUGGCCUUCAUCAAGAACGGCGGGAAUGAGACGCGCUUACUAGUGGUGGAUCCGGAUACAGAUGAGCACUUCAAAAAUAUGGCCAUCACUCCCACCAGCAUCCAUGUCAAAGAUUUUGACGAGUCCAUAACUAACGGCUCCAACAGCCCACAUGUGAACGGGACGUCCUCACGAUCCACAUACUCAGACGGCAGCAGUCAGGACACCAACACACAGUUCUCGAGGGACAGCAGCAGUCAUCUUCUCGACCCGUUUGAAGAAACAGGUCUAUCUCUGAGCCCCACGGCGGCGGAGGCUAAAGAGAAAGCCCACGCCAAGCGCACCAGAAAGAGAGCGCCCCAGAUGGACUGGAACAAGAAGCAUGAGAUUUUUAGCAAUUUCUGAAUCUUCUUCCCAGAGACGCCCCCCCCACGUGUGUUGCAUUCAGAGCCCCGGACACGUGACUGCUUUUGAUGAAAAAGAGUCACCUAUUUUUGUAGAAAAUGAAAACUUGAAGCAUAAAAAGUUGAAAAACACACCCGGAGGGGAUGAUAUGAGUUACGCAAUAGGAUUUAUGUCUUAUGAAUGGCUAAUAAAGUCACAAAUCAAUGGUCUUGCUGCUCGUAUAGAGGGAUUUCUGCGUCAUUUCGUGUUCAUGCUGUUUAUUCAAUAUAGCACGUUGACAAUAACGUACAAAAUGGAAUACAAACGCCAAAUGAGACUAUAAUACAGAACAGCAUAUAGACUGAGCUUUUGCAGAACUCGACUGAACAAAAUAAUGUUAUUCGAUUCAGGACCAAAUGAAUGAAGCUCCUUUUAUGUCGUACAUGUUAUAUGUGAAUCAUCUGAAGAAUUAGAAUUGUUCUUUUGCCAAAGACACAACCUAUAAUCGACCUGAUCCACUGAUGUCUUAUGAGUUUCAAUUGUUUUGAAGGGACGUACGUUUCACUGUUGGACAUCGAGUUUCUAGGAAUUACUGAGAUUUCAAAAAAGGACGAAAAACUGGAGUGACUCAGAAAUGAGAAUCUGCACUUCUUCAACACUAGAGGACGCUGUUUAUCCACACUUGGGCUUCAUUAUGAACAAAGCAGAACAUGUUGAACCACCAGAGGGAGCAUCGCAGCACGUGCUGCUUUCUUACAGCUCAGUUGACUGCAAGAGAAGCGAAACUUCUGCAUCGAACAAGUGCAAAGUUGCAAGAUAGGCCACAAAGAGUCAUUGUGUAUUUACAGUAUAGUGUCUACUGGUGCAUUUUGGGAUGUGGAUACCGACAGACAGGUGGCAUGCAAGAAGUCACAAUCAUGCAAAGCCGAAUCGGUUCAGGAAGCAAAACGAAUCUAAAGUAAUAAACCUCGUAAAACAAUAAAGAGCAACGCAUGCCUUAUCUAUAGAGGAAUGAGUUUGAGGAACAGACAGUAUUAAUGCUGUGACUCAUCUCUGAAGGGGGGCUCUGUCAUUGCUGAUUCUGGAUACAAGAUUCCCACCUUUAUUCAUCUGAAUUUUAGUAACGCAGACAAUCGCGCGCUAUAUGCAUUUACAGCACACAUAUUGUGAUAUAUAACAUCAGCAUUACUAUUAUUCAUCUUAAUAAUUCAUGAUACGUUCCAUGCUUGCAAUUUAGUAUUAAUGUAGUCAAGUAGUUUCUGUUUUUUCUCUUCUGUUGCUCCCCUACGCCGAUAUUGAGCAGUAAUCAAUGAAAUAAUUUCCUGUCCGAAAUAUUCCUAUU